CCCUGCCUCGCCCUUCACCGCCAAACGGCCACUGGUGCCCGCCCAAGCCGAUAGCCGUCCUGGCCUCGUGCACUACGACGAAAAGACACGCAUGCGGGCUUCGGUGGCAUGCGAGAGAUGCCGUUCCAGCAAAACUAAAUGCGUCAACGAUGGGCCCCAUACCCAAUGCGCCGCCUGCCGUCAGCGUCGCCGCGAAUGCGUCUACGCUCCGCCCUCACAGUCACCAAAGCUCCGGAGAGACAGCACUCUCGCCGACUCUCCCACGACCGCCACCCCCGACUCCGAGGCACCGAGAAAGCGUCACAAGAAAACAUCGACAUUGAUCUCUGCCGCACCUCUUCCUGAAGGCUCCGUCUUGUCUUCGCUUGACGACCCGCUCAGUCUUCCCAUCCUAACACACGAAACCUGGCUUAGGCUUUGGGCCAUCUUCGAACAGCAGUUCUAUGCCGACCUGCCCUUCUUACAUGCGAGGACCUUUAGGCGCCCCCUGCCCAGGCCGCCCAGCUCCCAUUUCCCCCCCAUGGUCUUGCUUGCCUUUCUGGCUCUCACGUCACCCUUCCAUGAUGAGCUGGUGAGGCAACACCCUCUGGGUUCCAGGGGCGCCAGGGCAGUCUCGCUGUAUUACUACAAAGCCGCCAAGGCCGAGCUAGGUCACCCGUUCGACGAGCCGAACCGGGAGCGCAUCCAGGCGCAGCUUAUGCUUGGUUUGUUUAACUUUGCCCACGCUAGCGGCGAGGCCUGGCUUUGGGUGGGAAAUGCCAUCCGCUGCGCCCAAGCCUUGAACUUGAAUGUCGUUCCGGAAAAGGAAAAGGAUCACAGGAAGGCAUCUGGCCUAUCCAUAGAGGAUCAAUUCAUCGAGGACGAGAUUACGCGCCGAACCUUCUGGUCCUGCUUCAUCAUGGAUCGAGCUCUCUGCGGAGGCACAAAUCGUCCCACCAGCAUCUUCAUCGAAGACAUAACCAUCCAACUACCCUGCAGCGAGAAUGCUUUCAACUUUGGCAAACCUGUCAAGACUGCUCGACUAGAAAAACUCAAGAUAACCGGUUCCGAGGACGACAUGGACUGCAAGAACGGAACUGGGCGUCAUAGCGUGAGUCGUGACAGUACCUUGACCAGCAAUGACGGCUCGGUACAGUGGGAGAUGGGCAAUGACGAGGGGCCCCUCUGCCAUUACAUUAGGGCCAUGGAGCUUUAUCGCGAGGUUCAUCAAUGGUUCAUCAACCAGACGCGAAAGAGCGAAGGAACGAGACCACCGUGGCAUCCCGACUCCACUUUAACCAAAUUCAACAAGCAUCUGGAUGCCCUGCGCCGUAAACUGCCAGACCAGCUCCGGCUUACACCGAAUAACCAUGAUGCCUACCUCGUCACGCAAGAAUCCGCUCCCUAUAUCCUGAUACACAUGCUGCACCUCAUCUGUAAAAUGAUGCCUCUCCGCGAGUACAUACCUGCCAAUGCCAUCAACUGCGAGCGCACCGGGCCCAUCGGUCCGUUGGACCCGCCCGUUUUCCCGAUUGAACAAUUUGGUCACGAAGACUAUUGGAAAAAGAGCGCUAGUGACCUCUUCAAGGCUUGCCACGACCUCACCGAUUUGUUGUAUAGAAGCGAGAAGUGGAACAGACUUCCAGAGACGCCGCUGAUGAUGUUCGCAGCAUAUUCACUGGCGCAAUGCGGCGUGUACGCUUUACACUAUCACUAUAUGGUGGUCUAUGAAGGUUACACCAAAGAAGACAUCUCCAACAGUCUCGCCAUUCUCAACGCAAGGCGUGGGAGAUGGAAACGCACGGCUGACAACUGGAAGUAUCUAGUGAAGUGGGAUCGCCACCUCAAGACCGAGCAAGAGAUGCACUACAAGGCGCGGACCGAGUCCGAGAGAGGGUCAAAUCGUAGCGGCGGUGCCACCGAUGAUCGGCUCCUUCCCGUGAGCGAGGGAGGUACAGGAGGCGGCGCCGAGGAGUACAACAGACUGUAUGCGAAACUUCUGAAAGGCACUGAGCAUACCACAACCUCCGUAGAUGACGAAGGUAUUUUCCUCGACGAGGACGGUGACCACGACUUUGGUCCCAUACCCAUCCAUGCACUUGGCAAAGUGGAUAACAGGCGUCCAGUUGAGACGCUACCGACCCGAACACAAUCCCGUUCAGACGUUGUAAACGGCACGCCGCCGGCAACCUUCACUGCCAUCAAUGGGUACAGAUCGGAUGCCGUCAAAUCGGACACCACAGUCUCGUCCGGUACGCCCGACACGCCCGUGGGAAAUCCGGAGCCUUCCGGCCAUCCAUAUAUCAGCCCGGCCCCUUCGGGACCCUCGGUUACUCCACAAACAGUGUACGGAGCUCCGUACAGACCUUCGACGAGCUACCAGCACUCGGAUUCCUCUCAUCAUGCCUCGGGGUAUCCACAAUAUCAUGCGGAAUCGGCGCAGCGUACGUCUCAUGCCAUGUCGCAAAAUGUUGGUCAUCCGCAGUCAGAGUACUCCAAUGCGCAGUAUUUGGGCGACUUUAGGCCACCCAUACCCUUGUUUAACCACUGGCACAACGGGUUCCCCAACGUUGCGGCAAUUGACGAUCCGUGGAGGGAAGACGCGCUUUACCCGUCCCCUUACUACGCGCAGUACAACCAACCCUGAGUGGGCCCAAUAGGAUGCCCCAGAACAGGAAAGGCCUGGCCACGCGCUGUUGCCCCUCUGUUCUCUUUCUAGUUCCCUAUAGAAUCGGCUUCGUAGGACUGUGUUUACGCUUCGUUGGCCAGCGUUUUACGUGUCUCUAUUCUUUCCUUGUUGAUGGCGAGCAAGCAAAGUCCUCUCUGCAUGUUUCAGCAUAUUCUUUGACCAUUCGCCCGGUGGGCUUGACUGGUGCGUGGCCGGCUUUUGCUACCGCGUGGAACCCUUUCUCUGUCGUAUUUGCCUUGGGAUGUCUUUUGGGAGAUUUGGGAUUUUUUUACCUGGGAUCAAAAGGGAUUUUUUAUGCGCUGGAUACCACUUGUGCCUUUAGUUGUUUCUUCCUCCUUUUCUUUGGUUUUG